AUGAGUGAACUUGAACAAUUACCUGAUCAAGAAGCUGACGUCCAAGAGUCAGAAGAAGAAGAACUUUUCUAUACAGAAAUAGACGAGUUGCAAAACCAUGGGAUUAACUCAUCUGAUAUUGCUAAACUAAAAAGUGCAGGGAUUUGUACUGUGCGAGCGAUUCAUAUGACGACCCGCAGAAAUCUCUGUAAGAUUAAAGGCCUUUCCGAGGCCAAGGUUGAUAAACUCAAAGAGACGGCCAGCAAGCUUCAGUCUGCUUCUUUCAUGACUGGCACCGAAUAUUCGCAAAUAAGAUUGAAAGUAAUGCAUAUUUCAACGGGCAGCAAGGCGUUGGAUUCGCUUUUAGGCGGUGGAGUUCCCACCAUGUCCAUCACGGAAGCCUUUGGUGAAUUUAGGACGGGUAAGACACAAAUUGCCCACACGUUAUGUGUCGUCGCACAACUUCCAUCAAACAUGGGUGGGACAAAUGGCAAGGCCGCGUUUAUUGAUACAGAAGGAACCUUUCGUCCAGAGCGCAUCAGGUCCAUAGCUGCUCGCUUCGGGAUUGACCAAGAAGCAGCACUUGAAAAUAUUCUUUUCGCUCGUGCCUUUACCUCAGAACAUCAAAUGGAAUUAAUUAUUGAAUUGGCCGCUCGAUUUUCCGAAGAGAAAGGAGUUUAUAGAUUAUUGAUAAUUGAUUCAAUCAUUGCACUUUUUCGAACCGAUUAUGCGGGCCGUGGUGAACUCGCCGAACGACAGCAAAAGCUGAAUAUCAUGCUCAGUCGGUUGACAAAAAUUUCAGAAGAAUAUAAUGUAGCCGUCUAUAUUACAAAUCAGGUUCAAGCUGACCCAGGUAGCAACAUGAUGUUUGUGAGUGACCCACGCAAGCCCAUAGGGGGUCACGUGCUUGCCCACGCAUCAACCGUUCGUCUUUACCUUCGCAAAGGUCGUGGGGAUGAACGUAUAGCAAAGGUUUAUGAUUCCCCCGAUAUGCCUGAGGCCGAAGCACCGUAUACUAUUUCAGCUGGUGGUAUUAUUGACAGUUCAGGUUAA